AUGCUGAAGCCUGGUGAAAACUGCCAAUAUUGCAAUGCGAAGAAGUUCGAGCAUGAGACAAAGGGUUUUUGCUGCCGUAAUGGAAAUAUUAAACUAUCCACCCCAGAUACGCCAUCCGAGCUCAUGAGACUCUGGUCGAGUUCAGACACUGAUGCUAGGCACUUUCGUGACAACAUUAGGUUUUUCAACGGUCAUUUCUCAUUCACCUCGCUCUACUGUCACCUUGACAGUGAGACCACUGACAUGAGAAAACAUGGUAUUUAUACGUUUCGUGCCCACGGCCAAAUGUACCACAACAUACGGUCGUUCGGUACAGAUGGUUCAGAACCAAAGCACCUGGAGCUUUACUUCUACGAUGAUGAUCCCAAUCUAGAGCUUCGGUUUCGUCGCUGUCGCAAAGAGCUGUACCAGCAAGACAAUGAUGUCAUCAGAAAGUUGGUUGAUAUACUACGUGGCAACCCGUACUCUGAACAACUCCGGAGUAUGGGACAGGUUGAGGACCUUGAUGACUAUUGUGUGACACUGAACCUUGACCAUAGGUUGGACCAGAGAACAUAUAACGUGCCGGCCACUUCAGAGGUUGCUGCUGUUUGGGUUGAGGAGAGCGACCGCCGAAGGCAGUUUGAGAAUAGCAUUAUCCUACAAGGGAAGAACAGAGAAGUAUAUGGCAUCCGGUCAUAUCAUGGAUGCUACGAUGCACUAUCAUACCCUCUCUUCUUCCCUAGAGGCGAACUUGGCUGGCAUACCGACAUUCCAAAGGUUGGUGUGUCCAUCGAUCAGGUGAACGCGGCUCGUGCUGCUCGUAAGGCUCGUGGUAAUAAUGAUGAGGACCCAGAUUCUGGUGGCAGGCUAUGCGUGUCCGUGCGGGAUUACUACUGCUACAAAUUCCAGAUUCGGCCAGAGAUAUUCAACCCAAUGUUGUUUGGCAAGCGUCUUUUUCAGCAAUUCGUGGUCGACACAUACAUCAAGAUCGAGAGCUCGCGGCUGGACUACAUAUGGGCUCAUCAAAAGGAGUUAAGGGCGGACCUGUACCAAGGCUUGGUGGACAGCUUGCAUGCCAAUGAGGGAAGAGCGGACGCUGUUGGAAAACGGACUGUAUUGGCUACAUCAUUUAUUGGAGGACCUCGAGACAAGAGGCGUCGGUACAUGGAUGCUAUGGCUUUAGUGCGGAAAUACGGGAAGCCAGAUGUCUUCCUCACAAUGACAUGCAAUCCAAACUGGGAUGAGAUCACGCGCGAACUCUACCCUAGCCAGAUACCCCAGGAUCGUCCUGAUCUCAUUGUGCGUGUUUUCAGGGCGAAGCUAGAGGAACUAAAAAGGCAGUUGCUUCAAAAGGACAUUCUUGGCAAGGUGAGGGCCUAUGUCUAUGUGGUGGAGUUCCAGAAGAGGGGCCUACCACAUGCCCACUUCCUACUCAUCAUGCAGGGGUGGUACAAGCUUACGUGUCCCGAGCAGUAUGAUUGUCUCAUCUCAGCCGAGCUCCCGGACAAGCAUAAGUACCCAGAGCUAUACAAGAUGGUCGUCAAGCAUAUGAUGCAUGGCCCUUGCGGUGUGUUGAAUCGCGAUUGCCCGUGCACGAAGGACCGUCCGUCAUGCAAGAAUCAUUAUCCACGGCCUUUCAACGCGACUACCUUACAAGGCAAGGACUCCUACCCGGUGUAUAGGAGACGUGAUGAUGGCCGGCAUGCAAUGGUUCGCAAACACGAGCUAGACAAUAGGUGGGUCGUCCCAUAUAACCCUUACCUCCUGCGGCUGUUCAACUGUCACAUCAAUGUUGAGGCGUGCUCGAGCAUAAAGGCCGUUAAAUACCUAUUCAAGUACAUAUACAAGGGCCAUGACCGGGCCUCUGUGACUGUGAGCGAGGCUGACAAGGCAGACAGCAACGACAACAUAGAUGAGAUUAGGCAGUAUAGAGACGCGAGGUGGGUGACCCCUCUGGAAGCCUUGUGGAGGAUAUACGGCUUUGAAUUGAGCAAGAACUUUCCACCUGUGAUGCAGCUGCAACUUUAUCUCCCAAACAUGCACAUGGUUUCGUUUCAAGAGGGCCAAGAUAUCCGACAAGUGGUAAACCGUGAAGGUGCUGAUAAGUCAAUGCUGUCAGAGUACUUCGAGACGAAUAGAUUACAUGAGCAUGCUCGAGGUAUCUUGUACCGUGAUUUCCCCGAGUGGUAUACUUGGCAAAAAGGCAAGAAAAAGAAAUUCUGGCAAAGAAGGGUACGAGAAACAGGUGGACAGGUUGGUAGAAUCGUAUCAGCUCAUCCGGCGGAGGGGGAACGCUACUAUCUCCGGGUUCUCCUAAACCACGUGUCUGGUGCCACAUCCUACGAUGACCUAAGGAUGGUUGACGGCGUGAUCCUACCGACCUUUCGUGAAGCUGCAGAGAGAAGGGGCCUGAUCGAAGCAGACAACACACUGGACGAGUGCCUUACGGAAGCCGAGUUAUUCCAGAUGCCACCAUCGUUCCGAAGGCUCUUUGCAACAAUAUUGGUAUUCUGUGAGCCCAGCGACGUACGAGGACUCUGGCAAAAGCACCUGGAGGCAAUGUCGGAGGACUAUCGCCGUAAUAAUAUAUGCAUAGUCGCUGUAGAACAAAUGGUUUUGAUAGAUAUCAGGAAUAUGCUACAGUCAAUGGGGAAGGACAUAAGGUCGUUCCCUCUUCCCGAGAUCGAUGAGACACAUGAUACGGCCAGCGGUGUGCCUAGAGAGAUCUUCGAGGAGUCCACCAUCGAGCUCAACGUUGAGGACGCAACUCUAUCAGACUCCCUCAACACUGAGCAAAGGGCUGCCUACGAUGAGAUUCUAUCAGCUGUUGAUAGCGACGAGGGCAGCGUGUUCUUUGUGGAUGGACCUGGAGGCACCGGGAAGACUUUUUUGUACAAGGCGUUGCUCGCAACGAUACGCGGGCAGAAUAAGAUUGCUGUGGCAACAGCUACGUCCGGUGUUGCAGCUUCCAUAUUGCCUGGAGGAAGAACUGCGCACUCGCGCUUCAAGAUACCGCUGAGUAUUGACGAUGGUGCAUUUUGUAGCUUCACGAAACAGAGUGGGAUUGCCAAGCUUCUGCGGACUGCAUCACUCAUUAUUUGGGAUGAAGCCUCCAUGACUAAGAGACAGGCAGUGGAGGCGCUGGACAACAGCAUGCGUGACAUAAUGAGUCGACCAGAACUGCCGUUCGGUGGGAAGACGGUUGUGUUUGGUGGAGAUUUCAGGCAGGUCCUUCCUGUUGUCCGAAAGGGGUCAAGGGCUCAGAUAAUUGAUGCGUCAUUACGUAGGUCAUACCUAUGGGAUUGCAUGCGUCACCUAAAGCUUGUACGUAACAUGAGGGCACAGAGCGACCCGUGGUUUGCGAAAUACCUACUGCGCAUCGGUGGUGGCACUGAGGAGGCCAAUGGUGAUGGCGAUGUACGUCUUCCUGAUGAGAUAUGCGUGCCGUAUACAGGGGAGGACACUAACCUUGAUAAACUAAUAGACUACGUUUUCCCAAGGCUGGAUGAUAAUAUGUCAGAUCCUAACUACAUCACCUCGAGAGCCAUUUUGUCCACACGGAAUGAUUGUGUGGAUAGGAUUAACAUGAAGAUGAUCAGUCGCUUCCGAGGGGAUGAGAUGGUGUACCAUAGCUUUGAUCGUGCAGAAGACGAUCCCCAUAACUACUAUCCCCCUGAGUUCCUUAACUCGCUGACUCCUAACGGGUUGCCCGCACAUAUGUUGAAGCUCAAGAUUAACUGCCCUGUCAUAUUGCUUAGGAACAUUGACCCUGCGAACGGGCUUUGCAACGGUACGAGGCUGGUAGUCCGGGGGUUCCAAAGAAACGCCAUCGAUGCAGAGAUUAUGCUGGGGCAACAUGCUGGAAAGAGGAUUUUUCUGCCUCGAAUCCCCUUGUGCCCCUCUGAUGAUGAGAUGUUCCCUUUUCAGUUCAAGAGGAAGCAGUUUCCUGUUAGGCUCAGCUUCGCCAUGACGGUUAACAAGGCACAAGGGCAAACUAUCCCCAACGUCGGUAUUUACCUGCCCGAGCCGGUAUUCUCUCAUGGUCAGUUGUACGUCGCGCUAUCAAGAGCCACAGCCAGAGCUAACGUCAGAGUCCUUGCCUUCCCGUCUGAUGACAAGAAAAGGAAGUGCUCAAAGCACAGUGGUACGUAUACGAGGAACAUCGUCUACAUAGAGGCCAACUCCCUUGCAGGUUUAGCACACAUGAUGGGGUUUGUUUAG